AUGGAUGCUCUCAUUGGAAAUCUCAAAACUCAUGAAAUGAACAGAAAUCAGGACACCUCAAAGAAGGAAGCUAAGAAAGACAAGUCUCUAGUUCUCAAAAUCAAGUCUAGAGAUGACUCUAGUGAAGAGGAUGACAUGGUUUAUCUCACUAAGAGAUUUCAAAAAAUUCUGAAAAACAAAGAGUAUCAAAGACCUGGAGAUGAAAAAGACAAGAGAAGGGACCUAGUACUUGAGAAAAUUGCAAGAAAAGCUGCAGCUGACUACGUUGUGAAGAAGGCUCUUGCUGUUAGUGUCGUUGGUCACGAUAAGCAUCAUGAGUCAGAAGAAUCAGAAUGUCCUGCUGAUGCAUCUAUGCUGGUUGUUCAAGAUGAUGCCAACAUAUUUGAUGGCAUGUUUGCUUUCAUGGCGAAAUCAGAUGACGAAGACGAUGAAGAAAAGGUAACUCUCUUUGAUCUUAAAAAGAACUUGAAUACUUAUUCUAUCAGAAGGCUGAGAAACCUAGCUGUUACUGAGGAACAAGUAAUGGUUCUAGAAUCUGAAAACCUAGAACUCAAGGAACAAUUGAGUCUAAUGAUUGAGAAAUCUGGAAAAAGAAAGGGAGAGGUUACUAGCUUGCAAGCAGAGCUAGAAGCCAGUCUGAAUAUGGCUGAAAGCAGACUUGCUCUAGCCUUGGAAAGAAAUGAUCAUAUGGAAAGGGACAUGUCGAAAUGGCCAUUUGAAAAGGGACUGUCCUGCCUGGAAAACCUCUCAAGAAAAGUUUUCAGGGGUGAAGGAAGUAGCAGUCAGUGCUGGUUCAUGGACAGUGGAUGUUCGAAGCACAUGACUAGGAGCACCAAAAGCUUCAUUUCACUCAAGGCACUUCAAGGUAGAGGUGUCUCAUUUGGCGAUGGAAAAAAGGGGCACAUCCUUGGAGUUGGCAGGGUUGGUAAAUCUCUUGAAGACUCCAUUGAAAAUGUUUACUAUGUGAGUGGGUUAAAAUACAACCUUCUCAGCGUCUCCCAGAUUUGUGACAAGGGAAGCGAAGUCAAGUUUUCUUCAGACAAAUGCAUUGUCACCAGCCUGACUAACAAGAAAUUGAUCCUGAUGGCCAGAAGACGGAAAAACAUGUAUGUGGUAGAUCUGGAAACACCUCAUGGAGAUGAUCUGACAUACCUCAGUGCUCAAAGUGAAAAUGACGUCCUAUGGCAUAGGAGGCUAGGUCAUGUGAGUUCGUCUCUAUUGAACAAGCUUGUAUCUAGGGACCUGGUACGUGGAUUGCCAAAAUUGAAGUUUAGUGACGUCAAAUAA